UCCCCCUCCCGCCCUUUGGCCCCACGCGGGUCACGUGUAAUGCUUUGACUAGCGAUGGGUAACGGGCGGCUGUGCGCGGGUCUGGGAUGGCUGCUGCUUUGCUGCUGGCUAACGUCUGUCUCCUGCCUUCCCCGACCUGACCGGGUGCCCGAGCCCGCGAUAUCGGUGCAGCCCAAGCCGUGCGAGGCCCCUCAGCAGUGGGAAGGCAGGGCUGUCGUGUACGAUCACAACACGGGCAGGAACAGUCGGGUGCUGAUCUCGUAUGAUGGGCAAAACCAGCGCGUCCGGAUCCUGGAUGAGAAGAAGGGCCACAUCCCCUGCAAAAAAUUUUAUGAAUACAUUUAUUUGUUUAAAUAUCCAGUCCUUUUCAAGAUUGAGCAAGUGACAAAGCAGUGCUCCAAACUGCCUCUUCUUCAGCCAUGGGACCCUUAUGAUAUUCCUGAUAACUCCACCUAUGAAGAUCGUUACAACAUUGGUGGGCCAGGAGACCAGAUUGAGGUUCAAGAAUGGUCAGAUAGAAAACCUGCUCGUAAAUUUGAAACCUGGGUUGGAGUUUACACAGUAAAGGAUUGCUACCCGGUGCAAGAAACUUACACCAAGAGCUACAACGUAACAAGUUCCACACGCUUUUUUGAUCUGCAGUUAGGGAUUAGUGACCCAUCUGUGUUCACCCCACCCAGCACCUGCCAGGCAGCCAGCCCAGAAGAGAUGAACGAUGACUGCUGAGUUUAGGUAUUGGCUUGCAGAACACAACCAUCAUUUAUCAAGUGUUCCUGUCACUAACAAUCUUUUUUGAGUGGCGGUGUAUAAGGGAACUGUUGGUUCAUUUCUCUGUCAAAUAAUCUGCUGAUUGAUAUGUUGUUUCCAAGAAAAAGUGGGUAUUCUCUCAGUGUCUGUGUAUACAUGCAUUGGGGAAAAAAAAGCAUUAAUUACCUAGAAUACAUUAACAAAAUGCUUCAGAAUUGUACAAGUUAUUUCAUCCUGUUGUGGUUGACUCUUUACAUCUACUUAAAAGUGUGGGCAAUAAUGUAACCCAAAUGAAGCACUGCACAACAGAGUACAGUACUGCAGUAACUUUCAAAUGAUACAUUAAAGCACUUUGGUGCAUUACAAACAAUACUCUAAUGUAUUUAGAGAAGUUGAGGUAUCAAAGUGUUUUUUGAAAGCUGUAGUUGUGUUCAGGAAAGGUAAAUAUUGCACAGCAUUCAAACAACAAUAUCCACUUUUGACUGAAGGAUCAAAAAUUAAAUAAAGCUUCUUUGGUCCUUGCUUGCAGGAGAAUAUGCAUUAUUCUUUCAAAUUUUACUUUUGAAAUUUGUGUGCUAUGAGUGGCUGUAAAUUAGAGAAGAGCGUAAAAUUGAGCAUUCUGAAUGGGAGUUCAUUUUUGUGUCUCUUAGCAGUACUGUGUUAUUCAAAUAUCUGCUUUGUUUCCAUAAAUACUGUCCAUCCCCCUACCAUACAAAAACAGUAAUGAGUUUAUUGCUUUAAACCAUCUGUUACUUUGAAGUGGAGCUAUAAUGAACCAUGUUGAUUCUAACUGUACAUUUUAACAGGAUAUAUCUUAUCCAAUGGAGACACAAGAGACUGCAGAUGCUGGAAUCUGAAACACCAAACUAUCUGCUAAAGGAACUCAGUGAGUUGAGCAGACAUUUCAAUUUCCCUUCCCAUUCCCACACUGAUCUAUCUGUUCUUGACUGUCUCUACUGCUGAGGUGAGGAACAACACCUCCGUAUUCCACUUGGGUAGUCUACAGCCCAAAGGUAUGAAGCUGAAACUUUCCAAUUUCAGGUAACCCUCACCUCCCAGUGUUGCUCUCACACUCUCUUGCUCUCUUCUUCCAAUCCUCCUAUUUUUAUCCCCUUUCCAUACCCCACUCCUCUCCCAGUUCCAUCAACCCAAUAUCCACACAUUUCACCAACCUCCGCCCCCCCAAAUCUGAAUCUGGUUCUGGUUCUAUCUGCCUCUCACCUCAUCCAUUGCACCCAUUGUUUCCCAUUAUCACCUUCCUUGCUUAUCAGAUUCCAGCACCAGUAACAUUUGUGUUCCUGAUUAUCACCCUCCCAGCUGCCUCCACUUUCACUCUCCCCUCCAUAUGCCUCUUCCUCUCUUUUUCUCAACCUCCAUCAACAUCCCCCGUCUGUGUCUUUCAACUCCACCACUUCUCAUCUGGCUCCAUCUGCCCGUCAUCUUUCACCCCCUCGGUCCACCUCUGGUCUCUAUACACCACUCCCCCUCUCCUCUUUAUACUGGCUAUCUCCCCUCACCACUCUUAGUCCUGAUGCAGAGUUUCAAUAUGAAAUAUUGGCAAUUCCUUUCCCUUCACAGAUGCUGCUUGACCUAAUGAGUUCCUCCAGCAGAUUAUUUGCUACAUCUUAUUCAGUAAUUUGUGAGUUGUGUUAUGCAAGUGGUGUUUUCCCCAUGUUUAAUAUGAGGUGCUGGUGAUUUCAUGUAAUGAUUAAUAACCUAUAAAAUAAAACUUUCUCUGAACACCA